AUGUUGGAUACCUUCGAGAUAUUGACCACUUCCGGCGUAGUCCUGUGGUCGCGCACAUAUGUCCCGGUCGGCGCAAACGUCAUCAACAGUUUAAUACGGGAUGUCUUCAUCGAGGAGCGCGUGCAACCGCACGCCGAAGAUGCCGGCGCCAAACCUACAUACAAGAAGGAGGGAUAUACUUUGAAGUGGACCGCGGCGAAGGAUCUUGGCCUCAUCUUUGUGGCCGUCUAUCAAAGUCUAGUACACCUGACAUGGGUCGACAAGCUCCUCGACAACGUGCGCGCGCUCUUUGUCGGUCUCUAUGGCGAGCAGCUGAAGACGGAGCACAGCAGUGUGGUCAACUGCGACAAAUUCGGCGCCUACUUCGACCGACAGAUGCAUGACUUGGAAGGUGCAAGCGACUCUGGCGCACCAAGCAUCAAGCUCACCACUCCCGAAUCGAGUACCGACAACGACAGCGCCGACGAAAGCGUGCCUAAACCAGCGGCACUACAGAAACCACAGCAGUCCUUGUACGAUACGAGUGCCGAUUCAACACCAGUACCCACGCCAGAUACGUCGAGACCUACUACGCCGGCGCAAAGUCAGCUUUUGACUGGAAAGGCAAGACCGUUUGGAGGGAAGAUGUCACGGAGAGACAAGAAGAAGGCUUCAGCAUUCAGCUCAGCGCCAGUAUCAUCGGGCGACGAAGCAUCAGCGAAGAAGAAGGGCAAGGGCUCAGCAAAGAAGGGCAGAGUGUGGGGCGAAUUUGGCGCAGAAGAGCAGGACGACUCUAUUCUGGACUAUUCGACAUCAGACAUCCAGGGCGACGCCUCUGGAAACGAGGCGCUUGAGGAGAUCCGACCAGAGACAUGGGGCCACAAGACAAAGAAGGGCGAGUUCGUGCUAAAAGAUCUCGACGAAGAGAUGGAUGAGAUAAUCGCAGCACAGAACGCGAAAAAGGACAAGGAAGCACCCGCAGCCUCCGGCGGACUGGUUGGGUCCAGUUUGGGUGCGAUUGGUGGCCUGUUCAGGAACGUGGUUGGUGGCAAGACACUCACCAAGGAGGACUUGGCAAAGCCUCUCAAGGGAAUGGAACAACACCUUCUUCGCAAGAAUGUGGCUCUCGAAGCUGCAGUGCGAUUGUGUGAGAGCGUCGAGCGUGAUCUCGUGGGCAUGAAGACUCCCAGCUUUACCACAAUCGAAACGACGCUAAAGUCCUCCAUGGAAAAGGCUCUGACCAAGAUGCUUACCCCUACGUCCUCCCUAGACCUCCUUCGUGAAAUUCAACACACCAACGCCACUACAUCCCGUCCCUACGUCAUCUCCAUUGUCGGUGUAAACGGCGUAGGAAAGUCGACAAACCUAUCCAAGAUCGCCUUCUUUCUAUUGCAAAACCACCAUCGCGUGCUCAUUGCAGCAGCGGAUACCUUCCGUUCCGGUGCUGUCGAGCAACUACGCGUACACGUAGAUAGACUGAAGGAACUAUCGCAAAGAGAAGGAGGUCAGGUUGAUUUGUUCGAAAAGGGCUAUGGCAAGGACGCUGCAAACAUUGCAGCAGAUGCCGUUACCUUCGCUUCAAAGAACAGCUUCAACGUAGUUCUCAUCGACACCGCUGGUCGCCGACACAACGAUCAACGUCUCAUGUCUUCUCUUGAGAAGUUUGGCAAGCUAGCCAACCCAGACAAGAUUCUCAUGGUAGGAGAAGCGCUUGUCGGCACAGACUCUGUGGCGCAGGCACGCAACUUCAACGCUUCUUUUGGUGCAGGGAGAAACCUCGAUGGAUUCAUUAUUUCAAAAUGCGAUACCGUCGGCGAUAUGGUGGGGACGCUGGUGUCAAUGACUCCAUCAGCGGGUUCGAGCAAAUUCGGCUGGAUCAAGAAGUUCAUGCAUAUUAGUGAUGAAUACGUCCUCAACCACCACUCCCUCGAUGCCUACCUCUACAUGCGCUUUCUCAAGGUGCUUACACUCAUGGCCUUUGUCGGUGCUAUCAUCACUUGGCCAGUGCUAUUCCCUGUCAAUGCCACUGGCGGAGGUGGUGAAUCUGGCCUGGAUAUCAUCAGUUUUUCCAAUGUCGAAAACGACGUUCGCUACUUUGCCCAUGCACUCAUGGCCUGGGUCUUCUUCGGUUGGGUCUUGUUCCUAAUCGGAAGGGAGAUGUUAUACCUUGUCAAGGUCCGAAAAGCCUACAUGUUGUCCACCUGGAAUGCUAGUCGCAUCUCGCAACGAACAGUCCUAUUCACCGACGUGCCGGAGAAAGAUCUAUCGCUCGAGAGUUUACACACCGCGUUUCCACAAGUGGCCCAGAUCUGGUUGGUACCUGACGUCAAGGAUCUAGAAGAUGACGUUGAAGAACUCGAGGAGAAUGUACCCAAGCUGGAGGCUAGCGAGAUCAAGUUCAUAGCAGCUGUCACCAAGCAGCAGCAGAAGAAGGGUAGCGAGAAGAACGCAACCUACGAUAAGGCAUUGCGACCGACGCAUAAACUGAAGCCUCUCAUUGGACACAAGGUCGACUCCAUUGGCUACUACCGCAACCAGAUCAAGGAGCUCCUACCCAAGAUCCAAUCGGCUCAACAGUCCCAUCUCGCUGGCAGGGAGAAGCUUGCAAGUGCCGUCUUCAUCGAAUUCGAUACCAUGGCCGCCGCCGAAGCCGCUUUCAACGAACACCAACAUCGCAGACCAGCAAGUUUCGAAUCCCGCCAGAUGGGUGUCUUACCUGACGAGGUUAUCUGGAAGAAUCUCGGCAUGGGCUCCAAAAACAGAAAACUUCGUCAUAUCCUUGCAAAUAUCUUCAUCGCGCUUCUGAUCCUGUUCUGGGCCAUUCCCGUGGCAAUUGUUGGUAUCAUCAGCAACGUCAAUUAUCUCACAGAGAACGUGCCGUUCUUGGCAUGGAUUGACUCGAUUCCCGGGCCUAUUCUUGGUGUAGUUACUGGACUUUUGCCUACCGUCCUUCUUGCCGUGCUGAUGGCAUUGGUGCCUAUUAUCUGCCGCUUCGUCGCAAAACUUGCAGGAGCAGUAACGAUGUCCGAAGUCGAGCAGCAGACUCAAACCUGGUACUUUGCAUUCCAAGUAAUUCAAGUCUUCCUGAUCACGACCUUCACUUCCAGUGCCACCGCUGUGGCUAGUCAAAUCGUCAGCGAUCCGGCCUCGGCUAUCUCCCUGCUGUCCAAGAAUCUCCCCAAGGCUUCCAACUUCUACAUCUCGUACUUCAUUCUGUACGGACUUGCCAACGCUGCAAGGUACCUCUUCAACCUGAUGGGGUUGGUGGGCGUGCUCAUCUUGAGCAAAUUCGCAAAGACCCCGAGAAAGAAGUACAUGCGCUACGUGUCAUUCACGGAGCCAUCUUGGGGAGCGGAGUACCCUAAGUGGACUAACUUGGGCGUCAUCGCGAUCUCAUACGCUUGUAUCGCGCCACUUGUUUUGGGCUUCGCGACACUCGGUAUCGGUUUCAUCUACCUGGCUUACCGUUACAACAUGAUCUACGUCCACGACACUCACGUUGACACCAAGGGUGGCUUCUAUGCUCGCGCGCUCGAGCAGCUCAUGGUGGGGGUCUACCUUGGAGAGCUCUGUCUUUUGGGUCUUUUCGGUAUCGGUAUCGGCAACAGUGUCACAUCUGCUGGUCCUACGGUGCUCCAGAUAGUGCUGAUCGUAGCAACGAUCAUCUUCCACGUCAUGAUGAAGCGCAAGAUCAAGCAGAUGGACUUGCUCGAUGACUCGAACCAUCCCCAACAGCACACCGACGCUGAAAGACAUUCGGAAGGCAAUGGCAUGCACCCUGGGUACAAUAAUGUCAAACGCUCUCGCGAGGACAGCAGGCGAUCUGAGCAAGCUCUGGUCUCUGGUUACAGAGAGGAAAGCCGCCAGUACGCUGGUGAGAAAGGCGCUGGCAUGGCUCCUCCGUCAAACGCCCCGCCACAGCGAUCCCUGCUCAAGAAAAUGUUUUCUCCGCAUACACUCUCCGUCAGCGAGAUCUCCUCUUCUCUGAUCACACGCUUCCGCCAUCCUGUUCCAGCCUAUACCCAGCAAGACGUUCUCGAAGCCUACCUACACCCCGCUUUGGCGCAACGCGAAGAGGUCAUCUGGCUCGCGAGGGAUCACGCUGGCGUUAGCAGGAACGAGGUUGCGGAGCUGACUGAGAGUCUGGGAAGCUAUGGCGUCGAGGUCACAGAUGAGGGCGCAAUCAUGAAUGAGAAGGGCAAGGUCGAAUGGGACGACAACAGUGUGAGGCAGGCGCCUCUAUGGGACCACAAGGUUGUUUAUUAG